AUGUUAUGCUGGAAAAUUAGAGACAAGUACAGUAUGGAGAUAGGGAUAAGGAGAAGGAGCCCACGAAUCUCAGCAUCAACUGUCAACUAUCAGUUAUCGACUAUCCACAAAAGAAAGCGAAAGUUUGGUGACUCGAAUGUCUCCAAACUAGCCAAACAAGUUUGGAAGGGGAGAUGCAAUCCUGAAGAAGCACAUGAUUAUCGCUCGACUGAUAGCGUGGAGUGGAGAUCUACUGGCGAUUCAUCUCAAACAACUAUUCAGAAACAUGAUGACAAAGCGCCGAUAAUGCCAGACAAACCUGCACUUGAGCUUGUACUCGAUACACUGCAAAGGAGAGACAAUUAUGAAAUAUUUGCUGAACCAGUUGAUCCCGACGAGGUGGAGGAUUACUAUGAAAUCAUUAAAGAGCCGAUGGAUUUUGGGACGAUGAGAGCUAAACUUCACGAAGGGAUGUACAAGAGUCUUGAACAAUUCGAGCAUGACCUGUUUUUGAUACCAGAGAACGCAAUGCAUUUCAAUUCAUCAGCCACCGUUUAUUUCAAACAGGCUCGUGUUCUACACGAAUUAGCAAAGAAGGUUUUUGAUGCCCUUAAAGCGGAUCCGAAAAGCUUUGUUUCUAAAUUUUCGGGUACGAGAAGGAGAUCGAUGAGGAAAGCACUGAUGAACAGAAGCAACGACAAAAAGACAUGUCUAAAAGAUACGAAAACUCAUCGUAAUGUUUUUUCCAAGUGCAACAGCAAUAGGAACUACAAUCCAAGUGUCAUUAGUCAUCCUUCGAACAAUAAAGAAGGAAGAGAUGGUAGGUUAGCCGAAUCAGCAAUAUUAUCAUUUAAGCCUCGCCAAACGCAUGAUUGUGGGUCAUCUUCAUCCUUGUACAACCUCCUCCAACACAACUCAACACCAUCCCUUGUGAUGAUGAGGAAUGGGGGAGAGUAUAGCUACAAGGAUAGCCUAAUGUCGUUUGUCAAGGAUUUGGGACCAACGGCACAAAUGGUUGCAAAGCGCAAGUUGUUAGGGGACUCAAGUAAUAAUGUUCGGGUUGAGUUGAGUUCAACAUCUAUUGCUCCCAUACAAAAGAAACCCGAUGCCCAUUUAUCUGAUCAAGUAUCGUUAUUUAAGACCUUCCGAGACUUUGCUUCAACAGCAGGCAACAAAAGCAAUCCUUUACUCUACCUCCACAAAAACCUGGUAUUUGCUUCGACUCAAAAUAUUCAAAAUGAUGCUCGAAAUGCGGGAGAGAAAGUCAAAAGUAGUCGUGGCCAUGAUUUCGGAGUGAAACAAAUUGCCAAAAAAGAUGUUCCUAGUAAUAAUAUUAGAUCAUCGGAUGAUAAUGUUCGGCCAGUCAUACUAGCUUUAGAGAACUAUUGUCAUUCUAAUACUGCAAAUGCAAUGGAUUUUAAGUUGAGGAACAAGAGAAUGUUAACAACAGCCGGUGAUGAGCAGCAGAGGAAAAAGCCAUCAUCCAACUCCUUCACUUUCGACCUUUCUUUUCUAAGAGCAAGAUUAAAUCAGAUGAAAGCACCACCAUCGUUACCAUCACCAUCUCUUUAUAGAGGAGGAGGAUUCAACUUGGCAAUCGGGUCUCCUAUUCCGGACAACCGUUUAUUCAAUUCUCACUUGCCCCUUCGGCUUCUUUAA